UCAGCCAGCCAUCCAGCCGUCAGCCCUCAGCUGCCAGAAUGAACUGCACCCAGCCAUACUCAGAUGGUACGCAAUGAGUAUUCGAGGAAGUCCCGCGUCCACGUGCUGUUUGCCGCGUUUGCUUGUGCAGCGGAGGCGGGCUAGCCCGAUGGCCAGAUCUGAGCCGAGAAAUGGGAAGAUCUGGCUGUCCACUUCAGGGGGCAGGUCAAACAGCCGGCUGCUUUGCUGGCCGGCCUGAAGGAAGCGAAAGUGACAAGUGACAGCAACGACUGACUCCCUCACUGCAUCGCAUCGCGAUGAUGUGCCUGUGGCUGUGCACGUGGCUGUGUGGUCUGUCUGUGUACUGUACCUGUGGGUGAGGCAAGGCUGCAGCAGCAGCCGAUGAUGAUUCUGAUGACGCUGCCAUCGUCGAGCAUCACUCAGCUCAAGCGACGAAACAAAG